UCUUAGGCAUGAACACUGAGAGAAACACCCACGAACACAGGUAGAGAAGGACGGAAGUAAUACCAAAGGGAGAUGGCAGAGCUGCAGAGAUCUUCCCAAACAUUUAGGAGGUCUGGUUCAUCUGGUCUGAUCUGGGAGGAGAGGCUUAUGCCUAAAGACCAGAACCAGAGGAAUCAAGGGGCAGCUGGGGAGGCAGAGGUCAACAGCUUAGAACUCAAGGAGCUAAGGCACUCUCGUAGCAACGGGUCCAGGGGAGGUGUGCAGCGUAGGUGCAGUGACGGUGCAGAGCGCGGUGGCAUGCCCAGCGACAUCAACCAGGCCUUUCGUACUCGGCAUGUUCCGCCAGCUCUUGAUCCACCUUCACCCAAGUUUGCUCGAUGCAUGUUCUGUGGAACUUUUAGGAAGGAAGGUCCCUCACAACCUUCCGAACCCAGAAGGUACUAGGGUGGUGCAUAUACUUUUGAGUGUUUGAGAAUAGGGAUAUAAGACAUUUUAUGGCUGAUUGAAGUUCGGGUGUAUCAUAAUAAGCAUAUGUUUGGUUUGCGUGAGGUUAUUUGAAUAGGUUCGCAUGUUUCACUGUGUGUCGUUGCUAC